GCACUUGCCUACUUACAUUACACGGUCCAAGAUUUCCCGCUAAUUUUCACGGGGGAAAUACAACUUUAAUUACGAAAGUCAUUAGAACAAGAUGUCUUACGUAUUCAAAUUAGAGCGCAAUGUGGAGUUAAGUCCAGAAUCAAAGUUGGUAGCAGAGAGAGAUUUGAGAGAGACCCCGGAAAGGGUUAAAGAGGGGUUGCGGCGCAUUCGGGAACUCCUCAAAGAGAACCCUGAUCUUUAUUACGGUGAUGACGAUUAUGUAUUCACUAUUUUGCUGCGGAAGUGCAAGUGGUAUCCAGAAAGCGCUUUGGCGUUGAUGCGUCGUAUGGCCGAAUUCAAACGUGAACAUUCACAUUUGAUAUCAGGCUUACGACCAGAACAUAUAAAAAACUUUGUCAUAAACCACAAUACGUCGACUGUACUUCCGAAACGGGACCACAAGAAUAGAAGGAUCGUAGUUGUUAACGGUGGAGCUAUUUACGACCCAAGUAAGGCGGAUGCUGACGACCUAUUUAAGGAGUUCUAUUUGUUGGAUGUCAUAGUAAUGUUGGAGCCAGAGACUCAAGUAAACGGGAUUGUCACUAUACUGGAUUACCACAACAUGGGCUGGACUCAGGUGGCAUCGGUGACACCAUCGUCGUCGAAGCGACAAGUAACGUUCUUGCAGGAUGCGUCUGGUGUCCGUCAGAAAGAAAUACACGUAGUUCGGCAGCCAAUGAUUUUUAAUAUUCUGUGGAACAUUCUUAAACCAUUCAUCAAUGAAAAACUCAAGAAGAGGAUGUUCUUCCAUGGGACUAAAUUCUCGUCGUUUCACAAGUACAUUCCAGCUGCAUACUUGCCAGCAGAAUACGGUGGUCAGCUACCUGCCGUCGAUUAUUCGGGCAAAAUAAUUUACGAUAUGUUAGAGCAGAAUCGAGAUUACAUCGAGACUUGGGACUCAUUCGGUUUUAUCAAUAAGACAUAAUCGAUUAAAUCCAGUGUC